AUGGACAAGUCAGUGCUCAAACAUAAAGAAAAGAAAAGGAAAUCAAAAAAGGAGAUAAGUGUGGAAGGUGACUUGAAAAUUGGUUGCAGUGAUGGGAUUGUAGAUAACAGACAGAAAAGGAGAAAGCACAAAGGAGAACCAGAAGGAGAAUACUCCCUGGAUAUUGGAAGAAGGAAAAAGGAGGAUGCUGAAAUCUUAGUUGGUGAUAGUGAUCAAGUGAGUGAAUUGACAGAUGUUGUUAAGAAGAAGAAGAAGAAAAAACUUGAUUAUGGUGAUAAUGUUGAUAACAGCAAGAAGACAAGAAAAAGAAAAGCAGAACCAGAAGAAGAAUACACCCUGGACGUUGACAAUAGAAAGAAAAAUGAAGUCAAUGGAGAGUCAGAAGUCGUCAAAAAGAAGAAGAAAAAGAAACCAAAAGAUGAUCCAGGAGGGAACUCGAAACCAGCUAUACAUCCAGGUCUUAGUUACCUACGUGCAUGGAAUAAUGACAAACAAAAUUGGAACUUUAAGAAAGUGCGUCAAGUCUGGCUUCUUCAGAAUAUGUUUGACCAACAACAGGUCAGUAAAGCUAAAUGUAUCUGCUUUACUUUUUCAUUAUGUUUUCCCUUAUGUUUUAACCAUUUUUUCUUUAAAAUAUGCCAAUUUUCUUAAAAAAGAUCCAAGAACAUGGUAGGUCCAUUGAAGGAUAUAAAGACUAGCCCUACUGUACAGGGUGCAGAGGAAUUAUUUGUGACCUUAAUUGCAGUUAAAUUUUUCAGUUGGCUGCACCAAUCACCUUUGUUUGCUGUAGAAUCACCCUGUUACAUUUUUGUUAUGUAACAUAUUUACAUGUACUGCAGACCAAAAGGACUGAGGAUGCCAAUAUUGGCUUAGAUUGUAUACUAAAAACCCUUAAUGACUGGUCCCGAGGGAAAUAGUUAAUUUUGUUUCCUGUGAAUCUCAUUGUUUGACAACAUUGAGAUUUCCUGAAAAAGACAUUAAACCUCGCUGUAAUAAAUGGCAGAGGUCGGUGAACUUUAAUGGGUUUUUUGAAUGCGUCAUCUUUCAGGUGACAGUCGCUCUCACUAAAUGAUGGAUAAUGUUUUGCCAGGUUUGUAACUGGAUCGCAUGACAGUUUGAUCGGUCAAGUUCAAAUUCGAUUCCACAGUAAACAAAGGCGAUUCAUGCUAUCAGCUAAGUAAAAUUUAACUGCGGUCAAGGUCACAAAUAACUCCUCUAUGCCCUGUAUAAUUGUGGGCAACGGACAAAAUACUUGUUUUGCUGUUUCUUUACCAAAAAUUUAUGUCCUGUUUGGGAUGAGAUCUCAAGUCCUGGUAUUCUGUGGCACAUUCCCGUAUAGGCCCCCGUGCAAGGGCUAAGAAAGGUGGAUGUAAAUCUUACAACCUACAUAACAAAUAGUUUGUUUUCAGUAUCCACUAGUUUGAGAUUUAUCACACAGCUUGCUAUCAGAAGAAAAUGGGAACAUCCUUUAUACUCUCUACACAGUUACUCUUUAAUACCGGAAAUUAGUAGAGGAUGGCAGACAAAUUUUGGCCAAAAAAUGACCUGGAAACAAGAUUUCGCCUAACCUGCGUAGCAAGCGUUUCCGCGCGGUUUCGGAGUAAAGAACAAGGAACGAGAGUCAAAGACCGCGCAAAAAAAUGGCGUGAGUAAAAGGGGGGGGAGGGGUGGGGAAGAAAGGAAGGAAACCUACUCCCUCCCCCUACCCCUUCUUUCAUUUUUUGGCUGUCGUUCCAUUUUUCGCGCGGCCAAAACCGAAAAUCCCAUUCCUCGGUCUUCCUUUACUCCGAAACCAAACGGAAACGCUUACUACGCAGGCUAGAUUUUCCCAUACCCCAAUCCUGCCUAUACCCCUGAUAAUUUAUGCCACAGAAAGUUGUUCAUCCGGGAUGAAAAACUCGUCACGCCUAUCCUGUAGGCAAGCCGAGAACAGCCAUCAAACCUUGAUUUUUUUUUUUUUAGAUUUCUGAUGAGGACUUCUGUAUUCUGCUCAAAUAUUUGGAAGGCUUAAAGGGAACAGCCAAAGACAAGACAAUUGAAAUGGCGGAGCAGAGAAUCGAUAGUGGCACAGGUACAUACAUGUAUUCUCUCUUUCUAAACCUGAGGUACUUUUUGAGCCUUAAAGGUUCAUGCAAACUGAUUGUUUGAUGGACUGAUAUUUUUUUAUUACUGCUUUUGCGUCAUUUGUGAUUGGCUAACUAAUUUCACGCCACUUUUUUUUAACCAAUAACAAGUAAAACGAAAGCCCUCUGUGACACUUUUUCACGCGAUUUCCCGCGUUUGACACCGCUACCAUCUUGCUGGUUUUUGAUUGGUUUGUUGGAUUGGCCGCAUAUAUUUGGUUUGUUACUUUGGGACAGCAGUACACGAAAUGUUGAUUACGUGAAAAAGUGAUAACACUACAUUGAUAACGAAGAGUAAAUUUGUACCACAAACACAAAUUUCUCUUGAUACUACUUGAAAACUCCACUUCUGAUGUUCAAUGUCAUAUUUGGAUUGAAGUUUGAAUAACGAAAUAUUAGUGUUCUGGUUCAAGUAAUUACCCCCGCCCUUCGAAUUAGAGCCCCCAUCUCGUCGAAGAAUUUAAGUUUUCGAAAGCUUCCAGGACACUAAUUUACAGUACUUUGGUUUUAGUUUUUAUGUCAGGAAAUUUAUCGAAUUUAAAACUGUGGAAACUGCCAUCAAAUUGAGAGAAGCCUAAAAAUAACCACUUAAAACAUAAAAAGAAGAUAUAAACAACACAACAAAUACAAAAAAUGAAAGAGACAAAUGGAAAAACUUAAAGAAGAUUAAAACGUAUUGCAGUUGUGAUUUGGGAAACUUGUUCAGGGCCUAACAGUUUUGUAAAGGUCGUUCAUGUUUUGUAACGUUUGAUAUAAUGCUUGGGAGACAUAACUGUUUGACAAGUUUGAAGCUGAAGUGAUUUCGUAAUUUUCAGCAGUUUCCUCUCCCGGCAGCGUUAAGUUCCCUAGUAAAUGAGGACACGUCAUUGGCAAUAUAUUAGAGACCUUUAGAUACACCGUUUUCGUGUACGGUUACGGGUAAAUUACCCGUAAACUGCCGCUUUUUAGCCCAUCCGCUUAUAAGCCCCCCCCCCGGUUAUAGGCCCACCUACAUGUAAACAAGAAAAUACAUCCGAUUAUAAGCCCAUCCGGAUAUAAGCCCCCCCGUGUUGUUACAGUUUUGAUUUUGUUUUGAAAUUUAACUGAAUUCGAUUUAUUUCUGCCUUUUUAAGGCUUCAAUUGUAAGAGUAAUAAAUUUAAAUCAUACGUCGAUCAACAGUGCUGUUGCUCAUUUCGAAACGUUUUUUUCGUCCACUUAUAAGCCCAUCCGGAUAUAAGUCCUCCCGUUUAUAAGCCCACCUAAAACCCUUUAUGAACUUGUAUAAGCCUAGGGCUUAUAAGCGGCAGUUUACGGUACCCGUUCACGUAGCCGUAAAUACGUGUAGAUUGCCUCUUACCCCGCGGGAGAAACGGGUAGGCUACCGGUUAGGAUAGUUACGCCAUUAUCGCAUCUGGGAAAUAAUGGUUGCCUUUUAUAAAACUACGAGGCAAAUAUGUUCGCUUACCCGUACCCGUACGCUUAAACGGUGUAUCUUAAGAUCAGUAUUAACACAAAUCAACUUUAAAGAUGGCCGAGACGUAGCUCCUUUAAAGCACUCAGUAAGUAAUCUUGUCUGAUAUGUACGCUGCUCACCUUGUUGCUAUUUUGUGAACAGGCGAGCAAGAUGCUGUGGUGGAAUCACGAGUGCGACAAGUUCUUCAGCUGUUAACGAAGUAAAAUUAAUUCAGCUGUUCAAGAUCUCUGCUGCCAGAUAGAAAGAACCAUUGCCCCCUGCCGUGGUACGAGCUGACGACGACCGUGAGCUGACAACCUCGUUUCCAGGAUCCUCUCCUACUCGUCCCUCAGAGCGAGAGAGCUCCGGGGGGACUUUAGGAGAGGAUCCUAGAAACGAAAUUGCAGGAGCUGAAAGUAGAACACCGUAUUUAUUCGAAUAAGCGCCCAACCUCGAAUUAGCGCCCACCUCGAAUAAGCGCCCAUCCUAAAGGCAGAAAAAGUUAAUAAGCGCCCAGCCUCGAAUAAGCGCCCACUCCACCCCACCUCCCUCCCACUCCCACUUAAACUCAAGUAAGCACCCCCCCAAAUUGAAUAAGUACUAAUAAGAGACUUCCCCGAAGACGGAGUUUUCUACAAAGUAUUUUACAGGAACCUUGCCUUGUUACGUCUUCGCGUUUUGUCAUUACCAUUUAUUGUUUUGUUGCAAAAUAAACCUACUACACUUGCUGAAAAUGCUGAAAAUUUAAUAAGCGCCCAGCCUCGAAUAAGCGCCCACUCUCAAGGUCCAAAAAUUUAAUAAGCGCCCAGGGCGGUUAAUCGAAUAAAUACGGUAGCCUGCGCACAUCGCUUUCCACGCCACAGGGAACAUUGCACGGGAAACAACCGCGCAAGAAUCAUUAGCAACAAACCUUCUAUAAUGACUGAAUCUGACAAUCUUCUGCCAAAUCAUCCUCUCACCUCCCCUCACAAUGCCCUCAUUCCUCCCCCCAAUAUCCAUGAGACAUAAGAAGACUGACCAAGACUUCGUUCCAAGGAGCUUCUCCUCGUAAUUUCCGAGCGGUAAAGGAAAUAGUCGGCUGGACUGAUUGUGGUUUUAAGAAGAAACGCUUUGAUGCAUUAACGCUUUAAUUGACUGGAUAUAACCAGACUUUUACAAUAGUACCAGACAAUAGUACACUACACAUGGCCGCGAAGGCAUGGGCUCCUUCUCCAUACUACGUAAAACUGAAACAACCUUACCAGGCAACAGACACAGAUGACAGACACGAUAGCAACUAAGUUAUCAGCUGAUUUACGCUUUGUUACGUAUGCAUUUCUUAUUCAUUGAACAAAGAAUAUUCUUCUUCUCGGCAGGACAUGUCUAUUCCACUUUAGACCGCGUCUUGUGAUACUUUUGUAAUUCACAACCUCACUUAUGAAGUAUUCUUCGUUCUAAGCAUGAAAAAUGUUGAAGUUUUCUGACUCAGUUUUUGACAUUAGCGUAACAUAAAUCAUCCGUUUAUCACUAAGAUAUCUUUCAUUUUUGUUAAAAACAUGUAGUAAAACAAUAACAAUAAAAGGGGGUGGUAGGCCUACUCGACUUUUACCUCAUGCCAAAAUGCUGCUCGUUCCAAUAAAGUUUUUUUCCUCUGCUGGGUAGAUUAUGCUCUGGAAGGUUCUACAUUUUCACUGAGCAAAUGUGAUUUUUAACCGCAUGUUUCACGGCUGAGAGGUCAUGGCACAGAUAUCGAUUUACUGUGCCGGCAGGAUUUGUCCUCUGAUGCAAGCGCAUUUUCUUUGUCUUCGUCAAGUCUUGAACAGCCAUCGUUGUUUUUUUGGAAAUUCGAGGGUCUAUUUAUUUAUUUUUGAGCGACGGUAGAAAGAUGACUCCGUCCCCAGAAACGGUGAGUGAUCUAUGAUCCGAUUUAUGCAGGCUUACCCAUUGGUAAUUACAUAGUUGGAUGCUUAAGGCUAUUUCACUUAGCGUCCAAAACCGAAAUUUCGUUUUCGUCAAAGAAAAUUCCAUCAAAAAAUAGGCAAAGAGGAAAUUUUGCCUGAUCCAGACGGUCUCCGCAAGUUGCUCAAACGUCCUUUUCAGUGGACCAAAUUCUCCACUAACGGGGGUAAAGAUGGGGGACGGGAAAGCGAAACAUUUGACAACAAAUUAAAAUUCCAAUUAAGUCUUGAAUUUAAAUAGUACAACUAAUUAUUUUAAACGAAACAUUUUUCGAAGUUCCGCCUGACUUGUAGCUCAGCCAAGAAACAAGAAUGUUUCAUGUUACUUGAGUUUGUGUGGACAAGACGGUUUUGCGCUGUGCCCGGGCCAUAAUGUCGAUAAAAACAGCUAGCUGUAUCGCAAAACUGAGUGAAGGAGACAGAAAGGUGAGAAUGGGGAUGAGGAGUCUAAUUCUCGUUUAGUAGCCUUGCCUUGUGCUCGCCUUAUGGUUUUAAGUUUGCUAAUUUCUAGCUUCUUGCUCUAAGGAGAAAAACUAUACACAUACUCUUCACUGAAUCAGUUGCACAGAAGUAUUGCCCCUGAAAGCCAUAUUUUGUGAAUUUGCAACUUACACCAUCAACAAAGCUCGUGCGGGUAGAGGAAGUAAAAAUCCAUCGGUUUAGAGCGGAUUCAUUCUGUCGAUAAAUUUGUUGAAAUUAAAGACAGUGACUGUACUUAAGUGAUCAAAAGAGUGCGACCCUUCUAAUACUUCAACGUUUCCGCUUAAAGAGACUUGCUCGAGGAUGAUCUUAUUUUAAAAUGAUUAUAAUUGAAAUAGUGGUAUGAUUGUUAGAUUUUGUGAUCAUAGCCGCGGUUAAUUGAUUCGGCCAUGCUUGAGAAGGGCGACAGGUUGCUUACAAACAGACCUAAUCCACGACAAUUGCCAGAAAUUGCGUCACUCAUAGCUGAGUUAUUGGCACCUCACAUGUUGGAGAGAAACGCUUGCAAACAUCUUCCUUUAAACACGCUUUUAAACUAAAUAGCCGAUUAAAAAGAAUAGACAGAUCGAUUUUACAUGGCUCUUAGCCAAGUGGAACGUGAUUAAAAUUGUAAGUUUCAAAGGCUUUUUAAAAUAACUUUAGCAGGUUCUCAUUUUGCCGUCUUGUUUUGGCAGCAGACAGUUUGUGUCAUACAGGACGGAUCCGAGUAAACUUGUAAAUAGGCAAACGGGAAGUCUAGCUACAGGGGCAUCCAACGACUCUUUUCUGUAAAAUAUCUGUUCGGAGAAGGAAAAUUGCCGAGAAUUUUCUCUAGCUUGAGUGAAGGCUAAAAAAUUCUAGAUACGGACCUUUCCAUUCGUGUAUAAUUUCCGAAGGUUAUCUAUUGAAUUCCGUACGAUUUUCUUAAGUUAAUUUCUCGCAUUUCACUUCCCAGGUUAAGCUCUUUUUUAGAGAAAGAAAUCCUAAAAUUUUCGGAUUCGAAAAUGUGAUGGGAAAGGAAUACUGAAAAAUUCUCACUUUUGAAAACGUUCAAUAGCAUAUAAAACGUUCGGGAAAAUAACACGGAAGCCCUUGUAAUUUCGAGAAGACGCAAGUUGCCCUGACCGAACAGAUAUAAAUUUAUAGCGCCGCUUAAAAUGCAUUUUUAGAGAUCCAAGAGUACUCUGGAUAGCCUAAGGGCCUGUUUACUUGGAUGUGGAGGACCCCAUGUCCAGUAGAUAGGUGAGGUAACAUGUGGCGGGUCACCCCACCUAUCAUGUAUAACGUGAUCAAAUUAAAAUGAGAGAUUGUAUCCCCCACCUCCAUGUAAACAGGUCCUAAAAAGCAUUUUCAAUGCCGUCCGGUUAGCUCAGUUGGAAGAGCGCCGGUCUGCUGACCGGGGGGUCGUGAGUUCAAACCCCGGCCGGACCAUCAACCAAGGUCUGUGAAAAACUGGUGAGAUCAUGCUAGCUGUGAAACUCCUUUCUCAGUUCAGAGGCGGUGACCUUGUCGCCUUCAUCCCUGUACUUCAGUUGGAAGAGACGUAAAAGAACCCGUGACAUUGUUCGAAAAGAGUAGGGGACGUAGGCUCCGAUGUCAUGGUCUAUCUGACUUGUGCUGUCUUUGGUCUGGGUGGGCGUGGUGUGAUCAAAACAUGGACUGAAGUGGGUGCAAGAGUGCGCCUUUACAUGCUGACGUCCGAUCUCACCUCUCUGGUUCCUCCGCAAUUCAGCCAUUGGCUGCAAGUGAGGAAAGUUGGUACCGCAUAUUUUUUUCAAGGAAGAACCGUCGAUGGGUGCCCCUGUAGCUAGCGCUCCCUUUGCUUUUACGAGAACGCACGUGGAACUGGAAUAUAUGUGACAAUCCGAAGUAUCUCGAUCCUUAUCAGUCCUUAUGGCACAGCCUCGUCCCCAGGUCUUCUCGUUUUCCAAUAUGGCGGUGGCAUAUUGCUUCUUGCAUUAAGUGAUUCAAAAGAUAUGCGACGUGACCAUUUUUUUUUAAACCCUUGCAGACUAACCUGACCUUAUGAAAAAAUUUCGAAAACGCUAUGUUCAAAGAUUUACAGUAAAUGACAUUGAAUAUUUACAACCCUACCAAACGACUAUGUGGGAAAACGUCACGUCAAAGGCCAACUGUAGUAGCCCGGGGGGAGGGAGUACUCCCUUAUAUAAGCCAUAUAGGUAUGUGCCACCCCAUCGGGUAGGGUUUUUGCGCCGUUUUAGUCUGAAAACGGGUAUACACUUUGCCCAUUUUGGUCUGGAAUCGGGUAUGGUUUUCGAGGGAACUACGAGAGUGUAUGAACGUAUUUACCGUUUCAAUUCCAAAUGAGUAAGAAAGAAGGAGAAAUAUGCGAAUUCGAAACGGAUUUGAAUAAUUUUUUUGUUUGCACUCUAAUCUAAGUAAUGAUAACAUAGUUUCUAACUAAAGGCCAGGUCUGAAAACGGGUAUGGAUUUUAGAGGUCUUGUCUGAAAACGGGUGUGGAUAAUUACAUUUUUUGGUCUGAAAUCGGCGUGAUCCGGAUUUGAAGAACCGGGCGGCACACCCCCACCAAGAAUUCCAAGAAGUACCCCCCCCCCGGGUGUAGUAGUCUCUAUUUUUCAAAACUAAAGCAACUGUAGAAUUCGAGUUCAUCAUUCGAUACAAACAAAAGUAGCGAUAGAAAAGGGUGCUAAAUACUCAAGUAACAAGGGUUGUUUUUGUUUUUUUUUCUCGAAAGUACGGUAGUCCGGAGGCUUUUGUUAUCCUUCACUGAGUUAACUGUCUGCAAUGCCGGAAAAAAAACCGUUUCUUUAUAUUCGUAUUGUCUUAACUGCCAUUUUUUAUUUUAUUUGUGAGGAUGAUCCCGUCUUGGAAAUAGUUAAAAAUCUCUCCAACGUUUUGGGGAUUCAAGGUGGCAGUUACGCGAGCAGAAUCAUUCUGGAACAAGAAAAAAAAAAAGCCUGUAGGCUUGUACAGACUAUAAUAUCAUACUCAGAGUACCACAUCAUUUUAGUUCCUGAUCAUAAUAAAUUUCCUUACUUGUGUGCAACAGAUAGGCUUAUCAUUUCUCUCGUUGUGUACCUUUAUUAAAAAAAAUAGUUCCACAAAGAUAACAAUUUUACGGUUUAACAUCCGCACGCGUUCGAAACCGAGGAUUUCUCUAAUUUUUCGUUGAAACAUGAUGCACUUAGCGGCGGCGGAUCGAUUUAAUGUUCUUGAUUAAAACAGUAGAGAGGAAAAGAUAAAGACAUGACUUAUUUCUGUAGAUCUGUGUAAAUUGACGUAAUAUAACGACGCAAAUAGGUACUAAUAAUAUUGCCAGAAAUUAAAUUUAAAGGGCUGCAAAAAUGCGGGGGCGACAACCUAUAUAAAACAUGUCAGCUAUUAAGCGGGUCUUAUUUCUGUUAUUUCUUUUAUUCUCUCAUUAAAAGAACCAAUCCUCUGAGAUUAUUUGCUUAUUUUUGUUUCUUUUUAGUCUUCGAACAAAGUUUUCUCUUUUGCAUUGGCGUAAAACGAGGAAAAUCUUGGUGCUAUAGUUUUUGUCAGCUUCACAAUUUCUUGCAGUUUCUCUGAAUAAUUUGACUGGAAGUACCCACGCAUUUAUUUUUCGACGUCAUAUUGACGUCAUAGCGCAGCAGUUAUUGGAUAAGUCAGUGUGACGUCACGCCAGUUCUUCUCCGAACGGCAUUAGCAGCAAAAAUGGCGUCGAAAAAGGAGGAUGGAGAUGCAGCAGCGCUGAGACAGUGUGAAGUCUAUGUCGAAAAACAUAAUAUUCAAGCUAUUCUUAAAGACUGUAUCGUGCAGCUGUGUAUUAAGAAGCCGGAUAACCCACAUAGAUUUUUUCGAGAAUAUUUCGAAAAGCUAGAGAAGGUGUGUUGUGUUUUUAGCUCCGUCCAUAAUCGAAGCUUUGUUCCACCGACAUUUUCUUACUGGUAUUUCUCCAUGAUAUUUGCCUUAGAAGCCCGGUAGACAAAUAAACAGCAGGCCAAGAACCUUAUGUAUUUUAUUUCCGUUAGGAACAUGAGGCAGAGCCGCAAGACUAUAGCGAACCUGAACAAAACCAUGAAAUCGAAGAUCACCUCGGGCCUGUUGGCGGCUUUCCUAAAAUGAAGCGUCGCGGUGCUGUGAGCGCUGGGCCAAUUUCUGAAGAUGAAGCAACGUCGUACGUGAAAAAGGUAAUUUAGACGAAGAUUUUUUAUUACAUCUUUGAGAAAACUGAGCAUUAUUAUUUUCAAAAAAACAAAACUGAUGAUGGUUGACUUGAAUGUAGGUUGUUCCGAAAGAUUACAAAACCAUGGCUGCCCUUUCGAAGGCGAUUGCGAAGAACAUCCUAUUUUCUCACCUGGACCAAGAAGAAAGGAGGUCAGUGCGAUGAAAAUAUCACAGCUUUUAAAGCUACCUCUUCUUAAGAAAAAUGGCUGAUCGUAGUUAACGAAUGAUGUUUUUCUAUUCGACAGCGAUAUCUUCGACGCCAUGUUCUUGGUGAAACACAGUGCUGGGGAAACUGUAAUCCAUCAAGGUUAGAAUACAAACGCGUUGAUAUUUUUUAAGAUAGUUCUGUGUUGACUUGACUUUUACAUCUUACCUAUCACAAAACGUCCCUUCUCAGAGGAUUGUACAGGCCAACAGUCUUGUUCUGUAUCGAUUUUCUUUUUUGUACAGUACGCUGUUAUCUACAUUUUUUAGUUUUAUAAUGUUCUGUAUGCAGUAGAGCGUGUUGCACUGGAGCUCGACGUUUCAGUACCUCAACCAAAUUUUCUUUUUUGCCGUUUUAGGCGACGAAGGAGACAACUUCUACAUCAUUGACAGUGGCGAAGUUGAUGUAAGCAUAAGUAUUUCUCUCGUCUGUUUACAUAUCUUCAGGUAGCUGUAAACAGUUGAUGGAGCGGUAUUACCUCACACAAGACAUUCUUUUUUUUCACCUUAGCCUUUCAAGAAUCCAAAGUUCUAUUCAAAUUUGUGUGGAGAAACAAAAAUUGGAUUGAAAUUGCCAAGACAUUGAAUUUUUGCUGACAAUUGCUAUAAUAUCAAUAUAUUUCGUGUUACAGUUUGUUUCUUGUCUUUUCUUUUCCUGGUAUUUUUUAUCAUAUAGGCUCAUAUUGGUGAGAGGGAUGAUAUCUCAUGUUGGUUUAUACAGUAAAACAUGUACAGAACAAUGCUUUUUUAGCACAGAAACCAUCUUUAGUUGUUGGAUUUGUUUUGACCGAGAUAUUCCAAGUCCAUGUGAUGCCCUUCCAUAUUUGAAAUCAGGAGCUCUUAAACAGUCAUCUUCCUUUUCUAUCCCCUUCCACUUCUCAGGUUUAAAGGGACAGGGUCAUGGUUCAGCGCAUGCUCAUUGAUUAAAUCACCUGUCCAAUUUAUUAUUAAUUCUAUUGGUUAAUAAAGCCACUCACAAGUAUCUCAGCGAUGUCAGAGUGUAUUUGAAAGUUGAAGUGUAUUUCAGAAACACUUGAAGUAGGAUGGAGGAGUACUAAAAUUACCAACAUUGAACUCAUUGUUGACCCGAAGGUUUUAUUCCAUGGUUGAUUAAUUUACAGCUAUUUGCAAAUAUUUAAGUUGGUCAAGUGCAAGUGACUGCCAGGGGAUUGUGCAGAUUGGUUCUUCGACAACAUCAUGGCAUGAUCGUAUUGAUUGCAUAGAUGAUUACAGCAUGCCCCCGCAGAAAAAGAGCAUUUUGAUUAAUGAGCAUGCGCUGAACCAUGAACUUAUCCCUUUAAACUUACAGUACAACCCGAGAAUAAUCAAGUACUUUUUUCCUUGACAUCGAAAUUUAAAGAAAAGCUUGGUUUUACAAUUUUCCAAUUCUGUGAUGUGAUAUGUGAUGAAUACAAAAGAAAAUUAAUGUUCUUCAUCCUACUUGACUAAAAUACUACCCUGUGAGCAGAGGCUACAUUUUCGCUGUGUGAGCUGGCAUGCGAAAAGUAGCCUCUGUCGACAACUGUUUAAUUUUCUAUCUUGCAUGUGUGAAAUUUGUCACACGAUUUGCAAGCAAAAUUAAUCGUCAGGUCUGUUGUCAAAUGGUGCGGGUUUCAUGGGAAUGAAAAAAUUGUGACAACUCUGAUCUGCUAUGCAAGACUUAAGCUAGACUCAUCCAAUGCUCUAAACCGGUCAAGAACAUGAAAAAACCUGUUUUUUAAAUUUAUUUGUCCUGAUUUCUGGACAGAUUUGCCUCCUACUGAUGAACAGUUGGGACACGUAGAUAUAUUUUUUAGCAACUACUAUAAUUUGCAGUCUGUCUACUUUGAAUUGCAUGGUUGUUGGUGGAGGCUACUUUUCGCACGACAGCUCACAAAGGGUACUAAACUACCAGCUAGCUUUAUGACUCUCUCCAGGUCAGGGCAAUAUUUUUAAUUGAAGGGAGGAUAGUAAAGUCUCGUUAAUGCUUCAUCCAAAAAGGCUUUGAGAAUUUGGUGGUACUAAUGUUACAGUCCCAUCAAUGGGCUUUGAAAAUGACCAAAUGUUUCUAAGUUUCGGCUGAAAGAUUGAAGUCGCCAAUGGCAACAAGUCGUGUAAACAGGGUGGAUUCAAGGUGUACUUUUAGUGUUUCUCUAUACUGUGCAGGUGGCCUAUGGAAGGUUUAUUUUAGGCAACUUCAGGAGUGACUAUUUAUUUUCUAUUUGGAAGGGGGAUACAUUAGGAAGGAUUUGAAAUUUCUACUGUGUACUACAACCCCCAGCUUGUACCAAUGUGCUGUCAUGAAUUCACAGUAUAACAACCUUGGGAUGUGCAUUUAGCUAUUUGCAAACAUUAUUACAGUGAGAUGUAAGAUAAAGUGGGCCCAAGCAUGAACAUGAUUUCACCAUCAAGGUGGAGAAAUGAAGAAAAUGUGGGAUAUAAAAUUCUCUUAUUCCUUGUGUUACAACUUCCAUGUAGCAUUUUUCCUGCAAGAGUGCAAUCAAGAAUUUGUUAAAAUAGUAUUUUUUUUGCUAGGUGUUUGUUAGUGACGAGUAUGUCUCUACCAUUGGGGAAGGAGGGAGCUUUGGUGAGCUGGCUCUGAUAUAUGGCACUCCCAGAGCAGCAACUAUUAAGGUUGGUGAUACUUAACUUACUUAUGAUACAGUACUGGAUUCCUAAGAUCUAAGUUUUGAGAGGCAAGGCAAGGCAAGGCUUCAAGUGACUCCUGAUCAAUCAUCAAAUUCUCUGUUUGAUGAAGUUAGAUGGAGAAGUUAUGACAUCAUUAGUGGGAGUCACAUAGGGGAAUUUUUUAUUUCUUUUGUAAGUGCAUUAAGGUCUUAAAAUAGAAAGAAGUCGUUACAUCAUGUUGCCUUGGUAGCAAAAUUUUUCAGUAACCACAAAUCAAAACGUCACUUAAAAAGUGAAUUUUUCUGGGUUGAAUCCAAAAGGACCGUAUCUAAGUGUAGAAAAAGAGAAAGAAAAAUUUGUGUUGUGUGUGCCUACUCCUUAAAGCGGGUGCUUGUAAUUAGGAAGUUCCAUGUCACAGUCGUGCAACAAUGGCUAAGAAAUGUACAAAAAAGCAUAAUGCUCAUGCAAAGUUGUUUGCCAAUCUAAACCCAUUGCUUUUUUGCUAUCUGCCUUCGCUAUUGCAAAAACUCCCUGUUGGUGUGUGGGGGGGGGACAGGGGGGUGACAACCUCCCACUUCCCGUACCCCGUUCUCCCACCUCCCGUACCUUUUUGUUCCUUUGUCUCCCGACUCCCGCCCUUUACUGUAUUUUUCCCGUCAUCAUGUAAAUUAAAAAGAUCAGAAGCCCGGGUUUAGUGUUAAAGCUGUAGGGUAAUUUGCCAAAGGUGAAAAUUGUUACAAGUCAGUUUUCUUAGUUUAACUGAGUUUUCACUAACCUGGUUAUCUAGGUUUGACCACCGCUUCUGACAUCCCACUACAGCGACAAUAGUCUCAGUCCACUGUGCAGUGUAAUAGCUAUUGCAGUUAUCAAAGAUGCAUUAACAUGCAUUUAGGAAUCCUGAAAUUACGGGGAUCAUGCCAAAAUGAAGUCGAAGGGCCAGACGUUACGGUAGAGUUCAGUACUCCUGUCUAGUUCCCAGCGUCUAAUUGUACUAAUUGCAUAUCCACGGCGGUUAGUUUUCGUUAUUUUUCGUAAGUAGUCGUAAGCUAUAAAAACUGACUUCAACGAGACAAUAAUUGCAUGUUCGUUAACCGUUUGCCUUUUAAGAAAUAAGCGUUGACAGGCCAAACACGACUCAUAAGCUCGUGAUAAUGUGAAACGUGACCUUGAGAGUCUGCUUGAACAGUGGUUCUCUUUCUUUUUUCUCUCGCGCGAAGGUUACUAGCACUACACAGUGCAAGACGUGUAGCAUUCUAAACUUUGACUGAGUAAAUCUUGUUUUUGCCGUACUAAGUCUUGUAUUUAGAGGUCAUGAAGCAGGUUUGUUACAUGCAUACUGAGUAAUCAUUUCCUGUGGUUUAUGCUUCUGUACUGGGUGUCCCUGACGUGUACAUGUGUCACGCCACCUCAUUCAUGAGGACUCGUGACCUAUGAUGUAACCGACUUGGAAAGGUUUCCAAUUUCACCGGAAGUAAUGCUCUUUUUUCUAUCCCGAGUGCGAAUUUACGUUUUUUGACUUUUCUUGCAUUAAAAUUUUGAUUUAGGGCCUCGGAGAAAGUUAAUUGGAAGUCAAGAAAAGUUGUUGGGUUCGUUUCUUUGACUGGAUGAUGAGCAGUGACAAUUAACAAAAGCUUGCCUUUUGGAAUUUCUCUCCCGCUUCCCGCCAUCAUAGAGAUCCCGCUUCCCGCCCUUUCUUCUCCCGUCUCCCAUACCCCUCCCGCCCCCCUGUCCCCCUCCACUGGUGUGAUCCAGAAAUUCUGCUGCCAUGGUAAUGUGAGGUCACACUUCUCUCUAUUCCAGUAAUUUUUUUAAUUGCAUUAUUGGCUUGGACAGCCUGUGUUUUUGUGAGUUACAUUAACAUUAGCCUUGGCAUUAUUUCACUGUGUUGAAAAUCCUGAUUUGAUGCAGUAAUUUGUUUGUGUUUAUUGUGUAACAUCCAUCUCAUAAGUUUAAAUGCCUUCACCUUUCCUCCAUCCAGUCCAAGACUGAUGUGAAGCUCUGGGCCAUUGAUCGAGUAACUUAUCGGCGAAUAUUGAUGGGAAGUCAGAUUCGAAAGAGAAAGAUGUAUGAACAGUUCCUAGAAAAAGUCAGUAUCCUUGAAUCACUCGACAAAUGGGAGAGGCUCACUGUCGCUGAUGCUCUGGAGGCUGUUACUUAUGAGGAUAAUGAAAAUGUUGUGGUCCAAGGAGAACACGGGGAUGAGUUCUACAUAAUUGUUGAUGUGAGUUAUUUCUUCAGUGCUUUGCUUUAUAAAUAUAAUCAUUUACAAUAACUGAGCAAUUUUUCACGCAUUUAUUGGUCAAGAGCUAUGGUCAGUAAGAGUACAGACCAUUGAAAAAACAUAUGUGAUGGUGGUGAAAUUUGUUUUCCCUUUCUUACAUGUGCAAUUUUCCAAGAAAUCUCAGUGGAAAGGGAGAUUGAGAACUGUCACUAAUUAUAAUAAAGAAAUCAGUUUGAAGUUUGAAGUUAAAGUUUAUUUAUUCAUCAAUACAUAGCAGUUCGAAAACUGAAUUGCACAUUUAUGUUACAUAAUAAAGUUGCCCAGAGCUACUGUAUUUUUUGCUUACAAGGUGAAGCAUUUUUUCUAUGCAAGUUUGCUUGAUUCUAAAUCUGUUGUAAUUUUGGGGUGCAUCUUAUAACCAAGUUUUAGGCAACAAAACAAAAUUGAGGCAAAUUUUUUACUCAAAAAGCUCUAGCUGCUCAUCCUUUUCUUUGUUAUUUGUUUUUAAAGGACUAACGAAUCAUUUUGCAUUCGAAACAAACCAUCUGGCAUUGAUCGCUUUGAACUGAAUGCUGAUGCUAGGUAACCAGGCAAAUUUUUGAGCACGUGCUUGACCUUGUUUAAACUGGAUUACCAUUUCAGUCAUAAAAACUGCUAUCAAUAUGGGUCCUGUGUAAAAAUAAAUGAAUAAGUAGAUAACCUUUUUCACUGUUGUUCACAUAGGUGAAUGGUGGUAAUCAGUGUCUUUGGAAUAGUUAAGGUGCCCAUCGCCAAAAAUCAGCAGCUGUGCCUUAUAGCUGGGUAUUUGGCUGUUAACUUAGAAAAAUCGCGUGGAAUAGUUUGUGGUACGUCUUAUAACGAGUGCACCUUUGUGUACAGGGAAAAAAAUAAGGUCGGGGUAUUCUCACAGAAGCCAAUAAUUUCGGAAUCCUGUCAGGGCCACACAACUUAGAAGGAUUGAGUUAUGAUGUCAACAAUUUCCCAUGGUCUGUACUCUUAUCAAUCAAGCAAGUGACGUUAACAUGUUCCCCUGUUAAAAUGUUUAAAACUUUGCGAUGUAAACAGUCACCUGUGAUUCAUGGUUCACUUGAGUUUUGAACAUGUUGAUUGUUGUUCAUUUGUUUCCUUUCUAAUAAGUUAAGAUUUUUUGAUUAACAAAGUUGUUUUGUUAUUUUUUCAUUAACACUAUAGGGAGUAGCUGUGGUUUUGCAGCGUAGAUCACCAAAUGAAGAUUACAUCGAAGUCAGCCGCCUAGGUCAAUCAGACUACUUUGGUAAGUGGAAUAUUCUAAACUAUGGUGGUGCCCUCUUGCAGGAUCGACAUGGGUAUCUUCUUUCCAUUUUGCUGAUACAUAAAGCUGCUUCAUGGCUCUACCCUCUUUUAAGGCACCUGCCCCAACCUGAUUUAUUGUUGAUGAGUUUAACUCGACCUUGUCCAAUUCCCUGCUUCAGAAACUGUAGGGAGAAUGCUUACAAGAUUUUAGUGCAAUGAUUUCUGGUAUUAUUUGGGUUUGGCAUUUGUUAUGAUUGGUUUGUUAGCCCAUCAAAACUAAUGCUUGUCCACCUUAAUGAUCCCAGAUGUUUUUGUACUGAAAGCUUGUUUCUGGAGUGGGAAAUAUUGUUUUUGCCAGUGAAACAAGAACAUAAAUUUGAGUCUUACAUUGUUCUAAAGAAGUGUUCUUCAACUUACAAGGGUUUGUAAAUUAAGCUGUAUGUGACAUGACUUGAAUACAAUAUCUGUUCUUGUAGGUGAAAUAGCUCUGGUGCUUAAUCGACCUCGUGCUGCAACAGUGCGAGCAAAGGGAACCCUCAAGUGUGUCAAACUGGACAGGCAGCGGUUUGAACGAGUGUUGGGUCCAUGUAUUGACAUCCUCAAGAGAAACAUUCAACAAUACAACAGCUUUGUCUCUUUAGUUGUGUAAAAACGUUAGCAUAUCAAGUAAAGAAAUGUGUGAAAAAGAGAUGCAUUGCAUAAAACAGAUAUACAGUACUUAAGAUACCCUGUUGGUCAUCUCAAUACUAUGACAGUUGGGUCAGGGUCAUAUAAAUAUGUUUUUUAAGUUAUUAAAGUUUGAUUUGAUUAAUGUCUGUCAAAAAAAUGGUUUCCCCAUUGUUCAGCAUUGCUUUUCUCUUUUUUGUUCUUGUUGUUGCUAGAAAGGAAACUUUAUUUUUUGGAUAACAGCUCAAGCUCUACUAUGUGAUGAAAGCUAUGCAAUGUCUGCUUCAUUUACUGUUGUAUUUAAACUUUUGUUUCUUUGGUUUUUUAAACCCUUAUGUAAACUGGGGCAUGUAAUUACUUGUAAAAAUAUUUUACAUGACAGUUUCAAAAAUGUGCAAAAGUUAAAUGUACAUGGACUUGUUUGCAAUAGAUUAAUUAUGAACACAAAGUGAUUAUAUCGGCAGAAGUAUAGACAAGAAAGCGGUGAUUUCCUUAUCGAGUUUUAACAUUUUGUUAGUGUAAAAGACCAAUAAGAAGAACUUGUGAUCAAAGUCUACUAUCACUGCAGUGUGCAUUAGAGUUCUUCAGUGUAUUAUUAAUAGGCUUUACUUGUAGCUUACAGUGUUUAAGUUGUUUCUGAAUAUUAUUUAUUUAAGUUUUAUCGUGGUUUGUUCAAAUAUGGUAAACAUGUGCUAUGUGACUUAGUAAUUUAAAAUAAAAAUAUCUAUAUCAAAACAUGAUUGAAUUUGGUGUUGAUAACUUUACAAAAAAAAAACUUAUAUUGGCAUGCAUAUCAUUAAUCCUAUACUGACAGUUCUCCAUACUUUUGAAAUAGUUAUGGGGCCUGCAAAGGGGGAUUUGUAUAAAAAGUAUGAGGCCUCAUGAGGCCUUGUACACAAGUAUCCAACUAUUUUUGAAAACAGCACCACU